AUGCGUGAAUACAAGCUAGUGGUGUUAGGCUCUGGAGGUGUGGGCAAGUCUGCUUUGACAGUUCAGUUUGUACAGGGAAUCUUUGUGGAAAAAUAUGACCCAACAAUAGAAGACUCGUACAGAAAGCAAGUUGAAGUAGAUGGGCAGCAAUGUAUGCUUGAAAUUCUCGACACAGCCGGCACAGAACAGUUCACAGCAAUGAGGGACUUGUACAUGAAGAAUGGCCAAGGCUUCGCCCUGGUGUACUCCAUCACAGCACAGUCCACCUUCAACGACCUCCAAGACCUGCGAGAACAGAUUCUUCGAGUAAAGGACACAGAGGAUGUAAGUGUCCAUUUGCUCCUGGGAGGUUUUGGACCUUUAUCCAGUUCUCCCAAAGAUGCAUGGAAAUGGUCUUGA